AACAAGAAGAAGAAGAAGACAAAAAGAACAUAAGACGAAGAGGAACAAUAAGAACUCGAGCUCUUCAGUCUUCUGGUCUUGUUCUGUUGUGUUUGAUCUGGUCAUCCAUACCACAUAACCAUGAGCUGUGACAUAAAGGUGGAGUGUAUUAAAGAGGAGACUGAGGCUGAAACAUGCCAUCAGUGUGGAAUGAGCUUCUCAAGCAAACUAAACCUCAAUGAACACUUGAAAACUCACACUCAAGAGAAAUCGUUCACAUGCCCUGAUUGUGGAAAGAGCUUGUCAUGUAAAGCAAGUCUCAUCGAUCACAUGAGGGUUCACACUGGAGAGAAACCGUUCACGUGCCCCGAGUGUGGAAAGAGCUUCGCACGUAAAGGAAGCUUAAUGAUUCACUUCAGGGUUCACACCGGAGUGAAGCCAUAUGUGUGUCAAGAGUGUGGAAGAACCUUCAGAAAUCUGGGAACGCUUAAGGUUCAUUUAAGGGUUCACAUUGUUGAGAAACCAUUCAAGUGCCCUGAGUGUGAAAAGAGUUUUGUAUCUAAAGAGGACUUGAACUGUCACAUGAGAAUUCACACUGGAGAAAAGCCAUUCUCAUGCCCUCAUUGUGAGAAGCGUUUUACGUCUAAACGCAGCCUCUAUUCUCACAAACGAAUUCACACUGCAGAAAAUUCAUUGCAUUCUCAAUUCUUAUGUCCUCAUUGUGAGAAGAGUUUUUCAACUAAAACCCACCUUGAUAGUCACAUACGAAUUCACAAUGAAGAGAAGCCAUUCACAUGCGAUCAGUGCGGAAAGAGUUUCAAAUGGGCGAAUAGUCUCAAGGUUCAUACACUCAUUCACUCUGGAGAAAAGCCCUUUAAGUGCGAUCAUUGCGAUAAGAGAUUUAUAAUGGAAUCACAUCUGAAGGAACACGUGAAAAUUCACACCCAAGAGAAGCCUUACUUGUGUUCCGUUUGUGGAAAGAGUUUUGCGCUGCCGCGCUAUUUCAAAAACCAUCAGAAAACACACUCUGGUGUGAAAAAGCAUUUGUGCACAUAUUGUGGUAAAGCCUUUACUGCAGCCGGUCCACUGAAAGUGCACCGCAGGAUCCACACUGGAGAAAAACCGUACAAGUGUUCGCAUUGUGACGAGAGUUUCAGACAGUCAGGAGGCCUAAAAAACCAUGAGAGAAUUCACACUGGAGGGAAACCGCUCCAGAGCCGUCCACGUGGCAAGAGAUUCACCCAUUCCAAAAAUGCACCGUCGCGCGCAAAGAAGCAUCGCCCAAAAUUAAAGUCAGCAUGAUUGGAAAAACAAGACCUUCAGAGCUCAACGAUUAAUGAGUGCUGAAUUAUUGCCCUUGUUUUAACCUGUUAUUUGGGUUUUGAAAUGUGAAAAAUGUUCAAACACAUUGAGCCUGCUGUCCUUCGCCUAAUAUAAAUACUCUGUAGUAAAGUUACAAAUAUUCAUUACUAUAUGAAUUUUCAUACAUUUGCAUUACUAAUAUUGUUCCUUAGAAUUAGCUGCUUCUAAAAAAAAUAUGAACAAAAUUAGGUCCAGUUUUAGAACAUUCAUUUGUAGAGAUGGACUUUUAUUAAACAAAUAUUCCACCAUGAG